AUGGAUGCCGCGCCGUCGUUCUACAGCAGCAGCAGCAGCAGCAGCAUCUCGCUGCUGCAGCGCGUCAUCACUGCUGAAGAGCUAGCAGCAGACACAAGAAAGUUUGCAGCUUUUCAGUGGGCCAUAGGCAUUGGGGAGGCGCAGCAGAUCUUGUGCCGCCCCGAGGAGGACGCAGCAGCAGCAACAGCAGCAGCAGCAGACGCCGAGCAGCAGCAGCAAGAGAAACCCACCAUCAAAUUCAGGGGCUGGGAAGCGGUAAGCGAAGUAGCUGCAGCAACAGCAGCAGCAGCAGCAGCAGCAGCAGAAGAGUUUGCCUCGUAG